AGGGAGAGAGGGACCUUCAGACUGGAACAGCAACUGAUAGAGGCGGACGGAGAGAGACUGAAAGACACAGACAGGGAGGGAGGGAAGGAAGAACUGACACACCAGAAAGAGAGAGAGAGAGAGAGAGGGAGGGAGAGAACGAGAGACAGAGAGAGAGAGACAGAGAGACACGGCCAUCCGGGAUCGCUCCAGUGCUUCACCGUGGCCGUGGCAGGCAUGGCGUCGGAGCCCGGCACCCAGACCAGGGUGAUGUUCCAGACCAAAGAGGAAGAACCUCCCCACCGCAAACUGGGCAAGCUGACGGUCAAAUACAACCGCAAGGACCUGCAGCGAAGGCUGGACAUCGAGGAGUGGAUAGACGGUCAGCUGCACCUGCUGUUCGACUGCGAAGAAGAGGAGAUUCCUGAGCUGGAAAUUGACAUUGAUGAGCUCCUGGAGCUUUCCGACGCGGAGCAGAGAUCACGGCUACAGGAGUUACUACAGGAAUGUGGCAAGCCAAAAGAGGACUUUAUCAACGGCCUGCUUUACCGAAUGAAGGGUCUACGCAAGAUGUCAGGACCCUUGAAGAAAUGAGGAUUAGGUCAAUAUCCAGAUGUAGUUAAUGUCCACAUAGUUAAUGUGAACACCCCCAGCUACCCCCUCCCCCUCCACACACACCCCCCUAGCAACCUCUAUGUAGAAACCCUAUAAUGUGGAACAUAAAAAAGUAGGUGAACAUGUCUCCUUUCCCUGUACUCCAUGGGUCAAAAACAGAUUCCAGUAUGGCUUUUAUUAUUUAUGGACAUGUUCAACAUCAUGACCCCUCUCUGGCAGACUUCCGUAUCGUUGGGAAUGGGAAACGUGUAUUAUUCUUAAUGUAAUUUUUUUUUCAGUGAAUUGUACAUUUUUGGUGGCCUAUUUAUAUAUUUUUUUGGUUCUGACCGGUGUUGUAUGUCAUUAUAAUAACAAUAAAAAAAGAAACAUUUUCAGAA